AAAAAUGUUUCUUCAGUAGCAAAAUUAAAAACAAAGUUUACUGUAAUAUCCACGCAAUUUCUUACCACAAUAUGACAAAUGAAAGGCGGAAAUCGAUUAUCAAGAAUACCGAUACCAAGCAAAUACCCGUGGCAAAUGCAAGCAAUGGCAAGAGUAUAUUUACCAAUACUGAGCACAGGCGACCACAAAAGCAAUCAGUUUUAAUUCUACAAAUUAAGUAUCAUCAUAUUAAAUUAAUUUUGUGUGGCAUAUGUGUUGCCGUAGCAUAUGUUGCGUUAAGAACCAGUUGGCAAAAUCUGCACUAUAAACAGUUGCAGUAUUUACCGGACGAGCAUUACCUGCAGAUACGAGAUGAUUUUGCUGUAUAUAAGAGUACAGAGGAAGAUCAACGUCAGGCGUUGAAGAAAUUCUACGACGAAACGGGAGCUGCUGUCGCUUCCAUAUCAAGAGACGAUACAAAUAUUAAAGAAGCAUUAAGCUCAUUACGUUUGGCUUUAGAAAUGAUGCGCGCGGGAAAAGAUGACAAGGCUGGCAAGCUUUUCGAGCAUGCUUACGCAUUGGCCCCAAAGCACCCAAACAUACUUUUGCGCUACGGCGAAUAUUUAGAACAUUCGCGAAGUGAUAUUUUGAGGGCUGACCAAUAUUACUAUCAGGCAUUGAUUAUAAAUCCGAGCAAUACAGAAGCUUUAACCAACCGUCUACGAACAGCUGCUAUCGUUCAAACAUUAGAUGAAACACGUCUUACUGAAUUAGAUCGUAAACGUGAUGCUUUAUCGGCCAUACAUGAAGCAAACGCAGCUUUGCGUCGUGCUAAAAAGGAGGCCUACUUUCAGCACAUCUAUCAUUCAGUAGGCAUUGAGGGCAAUACGAUGACUUUAGCUCAAACAAGAUCUAUACUAGAAACUCGCACCGCCAUUGAUGGUAAAUCAAUAGAUGAACAUAAUGAAAUUUUGGGUUUAGAUUUGGCCAUGAAAUACAUCAAUGCCAGUCUGGUUAAUAAGAUGGUUAUUACAUUGGCAGACAUCCUGGAAAUUCAUCGAAGGGUUUUAGGCCACGUAGACCCUGUUGAAGGCGGGGAAUUUCGUCGUUCUCAAGUCUAUGUAGGCGGCCAUGUACCUCCCGGGCCCGGAGAUUUGUCCAUUUUAAUGAGGCAUUUUGAAAAUUGGCUCAAUUCGGAGCAAGCCUUAAAUUUACAUCCCAUUAAAUUAGCGGCUUUGGGUCAUUAUAAAUUGGUGCACAUUCAUCCCUUUGUAGAUGGUAACGGCCGCACUUCCCGAUUGUUAAUGAAUACUUUGCUUAUGAGGGCGGGCUAUCCGCCUGUAAUUAUACCCAAGCAACAAAGACAUAAGUACUACCAAUAUCUUCAAAUAGCCAAUGAAGGGGAUAUACGUCCUUUUAUACGUUUUAUAGCGGAUUGCACAGAGAAAACUUUAAAUAUAUAUUUAUGGGCCACAAGUGAUUUACCACAACAAAUACCCAUGUUAGCACAAACUGAACGUACUCUAGCCAAUAUCGAUAAUUUAGUAACUACUACAAUAACAUCUUCCUCAUCAACAUCCUACAGUUCAACGCGAACGUUAGAGUCAAACGAUGGCGAUUUUUUUGAGUCGGGCUCGGGAGAAAUUUCCUAGCAUUGGUUAUUCUUUUUAUUACAUAUUAUUGAAUUAUUAGUUAAUACUGAACAACUGUGAUCAUUAUAUUAUUGCAACUAGCAAAGCAUUUAGCAAAUGCAAAUAACAAACUAAACAACAAUCUAUGUACUAUAUUAACCAAAUUUAGCAUAAGUAAAUAUUGUUGUGAGGAAAAAAUUAUAAAUAUUAUUUAUUCUGCAAAAUUGUUUAUAGGAAGAUAUCAGAUGCACAUUAAAGAAUGGUAACAAAUAACGAAAAAUACAAAAUUUACAAGUAGCGCAAGUGCUGAUAAUUUGUCUUAUAUUUUUACGCAGGUAAAAUUGUGGAUUGUGACUGUGGAAGGGAAACAUUUCAUUAUGCAACUAUUCCGUAUAGCGAAAUUGGAUAUAAAAAUAGGUUACAAUACUUCCAUAUUAAGGCUUUUUAAUACAGCGUCUAUUGAGAUGUUCUUUUUAUCCAAAGGUUAAAGUUUUGUUUCUAGUUUCACCAGAAGGACCAACUUUUUCGUAUUGGUCAACAAUUUAUUACAGUGUAAAAAUCGGAGUCCGUUAUAAAAAUACUCUGUCUAAAAUUGGGGUAUAUAAGAGGGUAAUUAUUGCAGUAAUUUUUGUUGAUUACCUUCAUAUAGCUAUAUAUAUAGAAAAGCUUUCUGUAUACGAUAACUAACGUUUACGCCUUGAAAGCUUGCAUUUCAUACGUUUGACAGCUCUUCCCAAUUGAUAGCCGCGUAAUCAAUUCAGAGGUAGCAAGAGAUACUAAAAAAAAUUUUAAAAGUUGAAAGAUUUGAAAUUAAAAUCACCAAAAACCUUAUUUCAGGUUCCAUAACUU